AUGGCUCAAAGGGAUUAUAUGCCUGCUAUAUCACAGAUGGAGCAUAAAAAUCAAUACUUGAAUGCCUUUUCAAAUGCUUAUUCCAAACUUCUGUCCCCUACGAAAUCCAGACAGACAUCCCCCGAACGGCCAUGUGAAUGGCUACUGCACGUGCUGUGGCUGUGUGACCUGCUCUGUAAAGACAGGUGUGGAACAUGUUCUCACAGAUGUUUAAAGGCCAUGAGCAAAGUUACUGUUGACAAUAGGACUUUAUACCCGAAUCGUAUGAGAGGACAAGAGUUUCAAGCAUCUGGACUGCCCAAGUACAUCAAGAUUGUAGAAGUUGGGCCAAGAGAUGGAUUACAAAAUGAAAAGGUGAUAGUCCCAACUGAUAUCAAAAUUGAGUUAAUCAACCGGCUUUCCAGAACAGGCCUGCCUGCAAUAGAAGUAACCAGCUUUGUUUCAUCCAAAUGGGUGCCUCAGAUGGCAGAUCACAAAGAAGUAAUGAGGGGCAUUGAGCGGCAUCCUGGAGUCCAGUAUCCUGUUCUCACGCCUAAUCUUCAAGGUUUUCAUUCUGCUAUUGCAGCAGGGGCUACAGAAGUCUCAGUAUUUGGUGCAGCGUCUGAAUCCUUCAGCAAAAUGAAUAUUAAUUGUUCAAUUGAAGAAAGCAUAGAAAAAUUUGAAGAAGUUGCUAAAUCUGCAAGGAAUAUGAAUAUUCCAGUGCGUGGGUAAAUAUAAAGAUUCUUAA